GUGAGCUCGCGCACGCGAUGGGAUUUGUGCGCUGUGUGAGAGUUGGGAGUUUGCUCUCUCAGACGCUUCGGAGUUUUAAAAAUUAAAAAAAACAAUAAAUAUAUUUAAAAAAACCCACCACACACACACACAAAGAGGACAGACUCGCUCUAUAUCCUUCACGGGUGAAGGGAAUGAAAACUCGGCGGUGCUGAAAUAAAUAAAGUAAGGGGGUGCCAUGCCGGCUGCUGCUCCCCUGCUGCUCCUCCACGCCAUCUGCUGGUGGCCCUUGGUGCUGUUCCUGUUGUUGCCCCCCAUGCCCCUCUUUGGCCUCACCAAUCCCCCGACCUUCAUCUCCUUGUACGACUCGCGCUUUAACCACCUCUUACUGGACUCCAGCUCAGGCUAUGUCUAUGUAGGUGCAGUUAACGCGCUCUACCAUCUCUCCCCAGACCUCCAGCUCAUCUCAUGGGGCAAAACAGGGCCCACGCUGGACAGCCCUGACUGUUUGCCCCCGAUUGAGCCUAAAGACUGCAGCCAGGCACGCCAGACUGACAACACCAACCAGCUGCUGCUCCUGGAAAAACAGGAAGGGUCACAAGCACAGAGCCUGAUUGUGUGCGGCACUGUGCUACAAGGCAUCUGCGAGAAGCGCAGCCUGGCCAAUGUCUCCCAGGUGCUGUACCACACGGCCAACCCCGUGGACACACAGUACGUCGCUGCCAAUGACCCGCGUGUCUUCACCGUGGCCGUGCUCAACGAGCACAAGGGCAUGCGCCUCAUGCUUGUGGGACGAGGCUACACCAGCAAAGGACCCGGUGGAAUUCCACCAAUCACAAUGCGCCGCCUUGAGCAGUACCAGUCCUCUCCUGCGUUUUCACACGAGGAACUGGGUAAGCUUGUAGUGGGCAGUUACUCCGAGUACAACAACCAGUUUGUGAAGGCACUGCACCAUGGCACACACAUUUAUUUCCUGUUCUCACGUCGCGAUACGUUGAACACACGUGAUUAUCAGACAUACAUAUCACGCCUUUGUGCCGGAGACCCCAGCUUUUACUCGUAUGUGGAGGUACCACUGAGCUGCACAGGAGGCUACAACCUGGCACAGGCAGCUGCCAUGGGAACUUACCUUGGAAAAGCCACCAUCUUUGUUGCCAUGGCGGCAGGGCAGGUGUCGACACCCACGCCCACAGGGCGCUCGGCACUAUGUGUGUACAGCAUGGAGAAACUGGAUCAGGUGCUGAACCAGACACAGUUUCUGUGCUACACACAGGAAGGAAAAGGAGACAAAGAGCAGGAGGCGUACAUCGCGUACGAAGUCUCCUCCAAGUGCCUCAAGCUUCCUCAGACAUCUGUGGAUGAGUACCCAUGCGGAGGUGAACACACCCCAAGCCCUAUUGCCAGUGCAGUGCCCCUCCAGGUCAACCCCACCAUCACCUGGGCAACUCAACUCACCGCUGUUGCUGUAGCAACUGAGGCUGGCCACACCAUUGCACUCCUGGGUGACAAGAGUGGACAACUUCACAAGGUCUUUGUUCAUGUGAAUGGUUCAGGUUCUCAGUAUGACUCGGUGAAGCUGGACCCUCAGAGGCCUGUUAACGCCGACCUCCUGCUGGACUCCACCUUACGCAAUGUUUACGUCAUGACUGAGAAGAAGGUAACAUGUUUGCCAGUGUCUCAGUGUGAGAGGCAUUCAGACUGUCAUUCAUGCCUCUCUGUGCGAGACCCCUACUGCGGAUGGUGCUCACUAAAGGGCAGGUGCACACGGAAGCUAGAGUGUCCCCGCCAUUCACAGCCUCACCACUGGCUGUGGAGUUAUGGUCAUGAUCAGCAGUGUGUGUCCAUCCAGAAUCUGGAUCCAGCCAUUCAGAGCCGGGAGGAGCAGACACAGGUUUCUUUCAUGGUGCUGCCAUUGCCAGCGCUGUCUAAGAAUGAGUCUCUGUCUUGUGCAUUUGGGACUUUGCCUGCUGAACCUGCUAUUGUGGAGAGCAACAGAAUCACCUGUCAAUCACCACCACCUAUGCUCCUCCCCCCGAGUCCAGCAGGCAGUGAUCACAUGACUAUCAGGCUAGCGCUGAUGUAUGGAAACGUUACCGUCUCUGACACAAAUAUCACUUUUUAUGACUGCAGAGCUGUGGGCAGGCUCAAUGCCACUUCGCCGUGCAUGGCGUGUGUGAGCAGCGAGUGGCCGUGUCGCUGGUGCGCUCGAGAUGAACUCUGCACUCACAACCACAGUUGCCCGCAGCAACACAUCAUCUACAACAGCAGAGAGAUCUCAGAACCCCAUGGUGCAGAUGCGUGCCCGUGCGUAUGGGCUUUGGAAAGUUCCACUUUGAUUCCGGUUGGAGUUGACACACAGCUGUUAUUACAAGGCAAAAACCUGGACAUCUUUAAGGGCGACGAGGAUUAUGUGUGUGUGGUGGUAAUUGAGGGCCAGGAGAUGCUAUUACACGCCACCCUGGACAGGAGCAAAGAGACGGGUACCCAUGUGUUCAAGUGCGCCACUCAUAAGUUUCAGUACACAGUAAAACAGAUGGAGUACUUGGCUCCAGUGUACCUACAGAGAGGCACUCGGCGUAUAGACUCAGCUCCACACCUCCGCUUGCAGCUGUAUAACUGCUCAGUGGGUCAGUCAGAUUGCAGUCAGUGCCGUGCCGUACCGAAACAGUACACAUGUGUGUGGUGCGGAGGAGAAAGUCCACGCUGUGUGUUUCACGAGUCCUGCUCCAGCAUUACUGAAGAAGCCUGUCCUCCACCGCUCAUUACUGAGGUUAGGCCACUGACAGGACCAUUAGAAGGAGGGAUUGUCGUCACUGUCCUGGGCUCCAACUUGGGUCAGCGUUACGAGGAUAUUGAGAAUGGAGUAAUGGUGGCUGGAGUCACCUGCAAGCCGCUGCGUAACGCUUACCUUAUAUCAACCCGAAUCAUGUGUGAGCUUCAGCCUUCCAUGAAUGUCACCGCAGGGCCUGUGGUGGUGACUGCGGUGGGGAUCUCAGAGCCCGGUCAGUCCCAGCAGACGUUCACCUACCAGAACCCUGAGCUGAUCCGCAUUGUGCCCAGUAAAGGCCCUAUGGCAGGAGGCACCAGACUUACCGUGCACGGUGCUCAGCUCCUCACAGGGCAAGACACUGACCUCCGGGCAUUCGUGGGCUCGCAGCCUUGUCACAUUGUGGUUGCAGUGAGUGACACACAGCUGGUCUGCCGCACCAGCCACUCAAACCAAACUGCAAAAGUACGUGUCCGGGUGCAGUUUGGAACAGCAGAGAGGACUGUGGGUAAUAUCCUGUUUCACUAUCUAGAGGAUCCGGUGAUCACUGAUGCGACUCCUACCGAGAGCUUCUAUGGAGGUGGGCGUAAUAUAACGGUAAUCGGCCAGAACCUGGAUGUGGUCCAGCAGCCGAUGAUGUCCAUUCGGUACGAGAGCAAUGUCAGAAGACGCCGAUACAGUCAUGUCUCAGCUCGGAACAUUCCCCUCGACAGCACCAUGGCCACGAAAAAGGAACCCUGUGUAAACGUUAGUUCAGAGCGGAUGAAGUGUCCGAGUCCUCCAGUGCCAAAGGGCUCCCGUGUCGUGAGAGUUUGGUUCGAGAUGGAUAACGUGCAUUUGGAUUUUGAGAGUAUCAAGGGCAUAGGAUUUACAUACCAUCCAGAUCCAGUGUUAGACCGACUGAACCGCGACAACCCGUCCUUACCUAUCCGCUUCAAGCCUGGAGGAGUGCUCGCUGUGGAGGGGAAAGGUCUAACUAAGGCUAUGAGUAAAGAUGAGGUGGUGGCUUGGCUUGGAGACCAGAUAUGUGAUGUGAAGACUCUGGAUGAUACUCACCUCUACUGUGAACCUCCAGAGAAGCAGCCAAUCAGUACGGACAAUGAAAACCUGCCCAGGCUGAAGGUGGAAAUGGGGAACUUGAAGUUUAAUCUGGGUACAGUGGAGUACGACAUCGGCACUCACACACCCGUCCCUCUGGAGGCUCAAGUAGGGCUGGCAGCUGGAGCAGCUGUGGUCGUGCUCAUCGUCCUUGUCAUCAUCCUUAUGUACAGGAGAAAGAGUAAGCAAGCAAUGAGAGACUACAAGAAGGUUCUGGUCCAACUGGAAACAUUAGAGAUCAAUGUUGGAGACCAGUGCAGGAAGGAGUUCACAGAUCUGAUGACUGAGAUGAUGGAUUUAAGCAGCGACGUCGGUGGUCCAGGCAUACCAUUCCUGGACUACCGCACAUACGCCGAGCGCAUUUUUUUCCCUGGUCAGAGAGGGGCGCCACUGAGCCAGAACCUGGACCUGCCAGAAUCUCGCAGACAGACAGUGGAGCAAGGCCUCGGUCAACUCAACAACCUGCUCAACAACAGACUCUUCCUCACACGAUUUAUCCACACCCUGGAGGAGCAGCAGAACUUCUCCCAGCGGGACCGCGGCUACGUGGCGUCACUGCUCACUAUGGCACUCCACGAUAAGCUGGAAUACUUCACCGACGUCAUGAAGACCCUGUUAGGAGAUCUGGUGCAGCAGUAUGUUGCUAAAAAUCCCAAACUAAUGCUGCGCAGAACUGAGACAGUGGUGGAGAAAAUGCUUACGAACUGGAUGUCCAUCUGUCUCUAUUCAUUCCUUAAGGAGGUGGCAGGGGAGCCUCUGUACAUGCUGUAUAGAGCUAUAAAAUAUCAAGUAGACAAAGGCCCAGUGGACGCAGUGACGGGUAAAGCCAAGCGCACCCUUAAUGACAGUCAUCUACUCCGAGAGGAUAUAGACUACUGCUCCAUGACUCUGACAGUGCUGGUAAAGAGCGGGGUAGAAGUCCAACCCUGUCCUGUUAAGGUUCUGGACAUCGACACCAUCACUCAGGUGAAAGACAAGAUCCUGGACCAGAUCUACAAAGGAGCUCCGUUUUCUCAGAGGCCCUCAGCUGAUUCACUGGACCUCGAGUGGCGAUCGGGGCAAGCAGGUCACCUGACCCUGUCUGAUGAUGAUGUCACAGGCAUAGUUCAAGGUCACUGGAAGAGGAUCAAUACUUUGCAGCACUACAAGGUGCCAGACGGAGCUACGGUGGCUCUCAUCCCUCGUUCAAGUGCCGGUGUCACAGGCAUUAAUCAGAUCUUCCAAACUGGAGAAAGUAAGAUUCAUGAGACGCCCAUGUUAGAGGGGGAGGAAGAUGAGGGUCUACGUCUGUGGCACCUUGUGAAGUCCAGCGAGGAUCCCGAAAUCCCCAAACACAGAAAAAGCAGCAUGAGAGAGCGAGAGCGUGCCAAAGCCAUCCCUGAGAUCUAUCUCACAAGGCUGCUCUCAAUGAAGGGAACUCUGCAGAAAUUUGUGGACGACGUGUUUGUAGCCAUCCUGAGCACCAAGCGGCCACCUCCGAUUGCCGUCAGGUUUUUCUUCGACUUCCUGGAUGACAUGGCAGAGAAGCACGGCAUCGAUGACCCAGAGACCGUACACAUAUGGAAAACGAACAGCUUACCUCUGAGAUUCUGGGUGAACAUCUUGAAGAACCCUCAGUUUGUAUUUGACGUGCAAGUAACAGAUAGCGUAGACGCCGUCCUGUCCGUCAUCGCUCAGACUUUCAUUGAUUCCUGCACCACCUCCGAGCACAAAGUGGGACGGGAUUCCCCUGUGAACAAGCUGCUGUAUGCCAGAGAAAUACCUCGAUACAAACAGCUAGUGGAGAGGUACUAUAGUGAUAUUCACAGUGCUGCAUCAGGAUGCUACCAGGAAAUGAACUCCAUGCUCACGGAGUUAUCCGGGAGCUUUGCUUCAGAGAUGAACAGCUUGGUGGCUCUGCACGAGGUUUAUAAAUACAUCAACAAAUAUUAUGAUCAGAUCAUCAUGGCUCUAGAGGAAGAUCCUGCAGGACAGAAGAUGCAGUUAGCCUACCGGUUACAGCAGGUCGCUGCCCUGGUGGAGAACAAAGUCACUGACCUUUGAACCUUUGACCUCUGACCCAGAGAUGGAGAGUCUUUGACCAGCUUGGUACAGCUGACAGGAGCCAGCUCGGUGGUGCGUGAAAUCCAGUCGAGCUGAGAAAUCGGAUUCCCCCACCCCUUCGCCUGCACCCCCACUUCAUGCUUCAGCCUUAACAAAAGGGAAAAGAUUGAAUAAGGCUGAAGCGUCGGCUGUUAAGCAGGUUUUUAGAGUGUGGGAUUUAAAAAAAAAAAAAAAAGCACACACAGCCAUUUUUUUUUAUCUGCUAAGCACAUCGAACUGUUUUUCUACUAAUGUCAAACACUAUUCAGUGCUCGUAUGACACGUCUGGUGCGUGAGUGCGAUUUUGUGUGCGCGCGCGUGUGUGAGAGAGAUCAGGUUUUUUUUUUUUUUUGCUUUGAGUCAGAAUCAGAAUGUCGCUUUAAUCAAAGUGUAGCUUUAUGUAACAUAGCAUUCGUGUGAUUUUGUUUUUCAGUUUUGCAGUCUGGAAUUUUAAUUGGGUUCUUAGAUUACCAGUUAUUAAUGACAAACUCGUUCAUGUCAAAUUAUAAAUCACAAGCACAAGUGCCAUAACAAGUGCAAAAAUAGCACGUUUUAAAAUUACAGCACAAGGUGUGCAUGUGUCAGAGAGCAGCUGUGUGUGUGUUUGUGUAUAUGUGGGUGCGCCGUGCUUUGUGUUUUAUUUAUUUUCUUUUUUUUUUUGGAACGAUAACAUUUCAACUUUUAGCUUUUAUUGACACGAUUUGUCAGAAUGAAUACACUGGUAGGGUAUCAGACUGGAUUCAUUGCUUUUUAUAUAAUAGGGACAAAAGCAGCAAAAUAUUUGAGCAGUAACAAGAUGUUCGACAGAUGUAUGUUAUAGUGGGGCUGAGUGAGUCCAGUCAUCGUAUUUUAAUCAUGAUCCUGAAUUCUUCAGUUCAUUAAACAAAGCUGAGAGUGGGUAAAAAAAAAAAUUAUCGGUCAGUUUAGUUAAAGGUAGAUAAUUGGGUAAUACAGAAUUUAAAUAUACAAUGUGCAUAUUAAGUUAAACUUGUAGAACAAAAUUUUCUUCCAGAUAAUUAUGAGCAAUAAUCGCGAUUUUAGUAUUGAAAUAUUGAAACUAACCAUGAUGAUCAAUUUAGCCCUGGGUGUUUUUCGUCACCUGAUGUACGUGUCAUCAGUAUGUGUUAAAUUCAACGUGGUUCAAAAAUACCUGAUACUUUGCUGCUGACUUCAGUGAAAAGAUCAAAAAUAAUUUCACUGACCGAAGCCUUAGCACAGAGCUCAGAGUUAAUGUUUUUAUUCGACAAAAGAAUGAAACUGGAUUUGGGACCUGUUGUAGGCCUUUCUAAACGAGUGGAUUGGCGAUAUGGGCAAGUGGGUGGAGCCACAAAGUGUGGAAGAUGUGUGGACACUGAAUAGAGGAAACUAACUUAUUUUUACUGUAAAUAGCACUUAUUUAUACAGGAUUGCCAAACGUGCCUUGUUUAUAACCUUUAAUAAUGAUUACCGAUUCCAGUAUACAAGCUUAACGUUAUUUGCCAAAUAGAGAGGAGGAAAGUGCCACAGGGUUUGAAAAGACAAAAAAAAAAAGCUGGCCUGGACAGACAGAUUCUGCAGUUCACACCACUUAUGGCUUUGUUGUUGUUGAGAAGUGUGUUUAUUGUUUACUGUCUCAGGAUCACAGCUGCCCUUCUCAGUAAUUUCAGUAUUGCGAAAUACUUCCCAGCGUACUUCACUGUACACUGUUCUGAAGUGUUCAGUCUUCAGGCUCAUAUUUUUUUUUUUCGUGUUCUCUGUAAAUAGAAAUGAUAUUGGAUUGUAAUCACGUGUGGAUUUUUUUUUUUUGUCUCAGUUCAUUUUUGUUUUUGUCUGUAGCACUUUCCGUUUACACUUUUGUCUUUUCUGUCGCUUUAUAAAGCUUUGCUAGUGUGUUUCCUGAUUGCUUGAAUGGGGUGGGUGGGUGUGUGUGUGCGGUGUGUGCCCUCUUUCAGCCACUCUUGUGUACAGUAAAAAAAAAUAAAAAAUGCUGGGCACCAAAAAACACACACCUAUAUGUAUAUACUGUCAUAUUAAAGGAGUUGUUUGUAAUUUGUAAA